UCGAUUGAUCUGUUGACUGCAACCGCGGAAGAUCUUCAACAGCUCUUGAAGGCUGGCGAGCUCACGAGCGUUGAAUUGGUUGAUAGAUGCUUCGCUCAGAUUGAUAGGCAUGACAAUUAUCUUAGGGCCGUUCUACAGAGAAAUCCACAAGCCAGGACAGUAGCGGCCACCCUGGACCUUGAACGCAGGAAUGGCCACCUACGUGGGCCCCUUCAUGGGAUCCCCAUCCUCAUCAAGGACAAUAUCGCAACCCACCCAAGCCUGGGAAUGAACACGACGGGGGGCAGUCUUGCCUUGCUUACAUCGCGACCGUCAAAGAGCGCUGAGAUUAUAGAAAGAGUGAGUCGCUCAAAUAUCAUGCCUGGAUGGUCGGCUUUAGGCGGUCAAGCGCAAUCUGCAUACACUACCGGUGCUGUAGAUUUGACCGACCGUGUCCUUGGGCACUCGUCACCCUCUGGCUCAUCAACAGGCUCUGCCGUUGGCGUCAGCGCAGGGUAUUCCCCCUUGGCGAUAGGAACGGACACUGGAGGGUCUUUGAUCACACCGAGCACCCGAGCAGCAUUAUAUACUCUCCGGCCAACGAUGAACCUGGUCCCACAGGAUGGCUUGAUACCUCUGUCCCAUUCAUUCGAUACUGUGGGACCGAUGGCAAAAUCGCCUGCUGAUCUGGCAAACCUUUUGGAUGUCUUGACCACUCCAAAGGGAAGCGAAAAGAGGAAGUUUUAUUCUCAAAUAACAGCUGGUGACUUUAGAGAUUUCAAAAUUGGGUUUCUCUCUCCAGAAACAUGGUUUUUUGACUCUGAUCUACAGCGCCCAGUGCCAGAAGCCACGGCGCAGAUAAAAAAAGACACUCAGGCUGCUUACGCAAAGCUAGCGCUUACGGCAAAGUCCUUCAAAGAAGUAGAACUUGUAUCCAUCGAUGCAUUCGAAGUGAAUGGGCGGCAUAGUUUCUACGACAUUCAAGCGGCUCGGUUUAAACCCACAUUUGAGGCUUACCUUGGAACCCUCGAAGAUUCCCAAGUACGGAGCCUGGAUGAACUCAUUAGGUUCAACCAGAACCAUGCAGAAAAAGAGCUUCCACCAGGCAAGUCGCCAUUCAUCACACAAAACGCCGCCACAAUGACAAUGUCCGAUCAAGAGCAUGAUUUUCUUCUAAGACAUGCGCGCAAAGUUGGCCGAGACAUUGGCAUUGACAAGACACUCAAAGAAUAUGACGUAGAUCUAGUCAUUGCGCCAGCUGACUCUCCCGUAAACCUGUUGGUGUCGGCUGCUGGCUACCCCUCCGCAACGAUGCCAUUGUCAUACCUCAAGUACAACGGCCGGCCCAUUGGUUUGGUUGCAUUUACGACUGCCGGGGGUGAAGAAAUGCUGUUAAACUUCCUGCGUGCGUACGAGAAUACCUUCCCAAAACGAUGCCCCCCUAGUCGCCUCUAA